AUGGCCGACGUGUUUAAGCUAUCGGCGUCUCUCAAAGGGCACGAAGACGACGUCCGCGCCGUCCUCUCUCCUUCGGCUCGCUGUGUCUUCUCGGCCUCGCGUGAUGGCACCGUCCGACAAUGGCUUUUGACCUCGUCCGACCCGCCCACCUACGACGACACAAUAGCUGUCCAAGCUACCUCGUUUGUCAACUCGCUGACAUACGCCGCUCCCUCCUCGAAUCACUCCGACGGUCUCUUGGUCUCUGCCGGAAAAGACACAAUCAUCGAUGUCCGCCACCCUUUCCAGAGUCCAGAUUCGGAUCCCGAACGCUUACUCAUCGGUCAUGCCAACAAUGUCUGCGCUCUCGACGCUGCCUCCGACGGCGAUACUCUGGUCAGCGGCGGAUGGGACACGCAAGCAAGAGUUUGGUCCAUCAACAAGGGCGAGUGUGUCGCAGAGCUGAAGGGACAUGACGCCGCCGUCUGGGCUGUCAUGAUCUACGACGACAAGACCGUCAUCACAGGCUGUGCCGACAAGACGAUCCGUAUCUUCUCUCUCGGCGGCAAGCUUCUUCAAAAAAUCCCUGGCCUGCCCGAUGUCGUCCGCGCCCUCUGCAAAUUGCCCGCUGGCCACCCCUCCGGCGCCGCUUUUGCUUCGGCAGGAAACGAUCAAGUCAUUAGACUCUGGACUCUGGAUGGUGUCGAGGUUGCACAACUUCAUGGACAUACUUCCUUCAUCUACGCUCUUGCCGUCCUCUCCAACGGCGAUCUGGUCAGUUCCGGUGAAGACAGGACUGUAAGGGUGUGGAAGGGCACCGAGUGCGUUCAGACCAUCACACAUCCUGCAAUCUCCGUUUGGGCAGUAUCUGUGUGUCCUGAGACCGAUGACAUCGUUACUGGCGCCAGCGAUAAGAUGAUCAGAAUCUUCAGCAGAGACCCCAGCCGUCAUGCAAACCCCGAGACAAUACGCGCUUUCGAUGAGAGCGUCAGUUCAUCCUCGAUACCGCAGCAGACCGCUGGUGAAGGCCAGCAGAUCAACAAGGAACAACUUCCAAGCUCAGAAUUUCUGCAACAGAAGUCCGGCACCAAGGAGGGCCAGGUGCAGAUGAUCAGAGAAGACGAUGGUAGUGUGACUGCUCAUACCUGGUCAUCGGCUGCUCAGCAAUGGAUCAAUGUUGGUACCGUGGUCGAUGCUGCUGCGAGUAGCGGGCGUAAGGUGACGUACGAAGGCAAAGACUAUGACUUUGUCUUCGAUGUCGACAUCACCGAUGGUGCUCCUCCCUUGAAGCUACCCUACAACAUCGGUCAAAACCCGUACGACGUUGCGAGCAGGUUUAUCGCAAACAACGAGUUACCCAUGACCUAUCUGGACCAAGUAGCCAACUUCAUCACCACAAAUACACAAGGAGCAACACUAGGCUCGUCCGCUCAACAACAAACCCAGGCACCCGGGGCCGACCCAUGGGGUAGUGAAAAUCGCUAUCGUCCUGGCGAGGCCGGUGCUCCUCAGCCGUCUGGAGAUGCACGCCCGCGCUCUUUACCUCAAACACAAUACCUUUCAAUCACUACGGCAAAUCUGUCUGCGAUUCGCAAGAAGAUCGGCGAGCUCAACGACACCAUGUCAUCUGAUUUGGCACUAUCAUCAGACGAACUAAAAGCUUUGGACAACCUGGUGAAACAACUGCAGACCAGCCCCAAGGACCCCAAACCUCAGGCAGAUCAACUAUCUGCAGUACUCAAAGUCGCCACUACAUGGCCGUCAGCAAAUCGCCUUCCCGGCAUUGACCUCCUCCGGCUCUCUGCUGUGGCGCCUAGCUUCGCAAUGCACACAAGCGGCGAAGACGGCACAAUCGUAGAUACUCUCUGCAAGAGUGGUGUCUUUGCAGUAGACACCGACAAACCAAACAACGCUAUGUUGGCGAUCCGUGUCCUUGCAAACCUUUUCAUGACCGAAGAAGGUAGACUGGUCACCGAUGGCUGCUUCGAAGAGAUUGUGUCGUCGACUCAACCAUUCGCCAGUACUUCUAACAAAAACCUGGCAACGGCGAUUGCGACAUUGUACAUUAAUUAUGCAGUGUUACUGACCUCGGGUGCACCUGCAACGGAAUCCAAGUCAAGGGAACAGCGCGCGGCCGCCAUCAUCAAUGCAUCCCUGAACAUUAUCAAGCCCGAUGGCGACAGCGAGGCUGUAUACAGAGCACUUGUCGCCGUGGGCACACUCAUGUCACUAGGUAAUGAGUUCAGAAAGGAAGCUGCACAGGCAAAGGACAUGGGCGGUCUUCUGCAAGGCAUCGAAAGGAGUGCUUUGGGCCAGGAAAACAGAAUCAAGGCCGUGACCAAUGAGAUGAGGGAUCAGCUGAAAUGA